UGAGGGAGUGUGUCCCCAGGGAAACAGCAGCUGGUCCUUCCUCCACUGCCCAGAGGAGGAUGAGUGUGCCAACGGCCACCACCACUGUAACGUCACCCAGGACUGCCAUGACCUGACCCAGGGAUACCACUGCACCUGCAAGCAGGGCUACGUUCUCAGCCGUGCGCCAAGUGCAAAGACUCCUUCAAUGACACACCAAUAAAUGAGCACUAGUGCUACCGGCAGUUCAACGUGGACAAUGAGUGUUUUGCGUCGACCCCCACCAACCGCAAUCUGCCCAAGGGUCUGCUUUGAUGCCCAGCCAAAGUUCACCAACGUGGACAUCCGAGUCACCAUCGACAUGUACACCUCCACCUCCCCGAAGGUAGUGUCCAACUCCCAUGACACCUUCAUCGUAGAAGUGGACCUCCACACAGGCAUCCACGCCAUCAAGAUCGAGGACGAGUCGGUGGCCCGAGGUGGGUCGAGCGGAGGGGAUAAGGAGACACCUCCGUCACCUAUGAAGGUGUAUGCCAACUCCUCAUCCAGCCUGGGUGGGGCCAUGCUCCCCAACACCCCCCUGCAGCUCCACGCCAAGCCCCAGGGGGCAGACCGGGAGGUACGGGAGGCCAAGGGGGAGGGGCUCAUCUCCUAUAUCACGGUGUGGAAGCCCCAGACGGUGCUAUUUUUUCAAGGUGUCUGUGACCGCGUGGUCAUCACCUUCCACCAUGAGGUCCACUCCCUGAAGUCCAGCCGCUUCUACAUCGCCCUGCGCGGUGUAGGCACCGAGGAGAGACGGGGCGAGUCCCAGGGCCUGCUCUUCCUCCGCCAGGACCAGGCUCACAUUGACCUGUUCGUUGUCUUCUCUGUUUUCUUCUCCUGCUUCUUCUUCUCCGUCUGCGUCCUCCUCUGGAAGAUCAAGCAGUUCAUGGACUUAUGCCGAGAGCAGAGGCGUCAUAUCCAGGAAACGACCAAGAUGGCAUCCAGGCCCUUCGCCAAGCUCACUGUCUAUUUGGAGCCAGAGGAGUCCCAGCUCAUCUACCUGUCCUCCACAGAGGGGCAUUGUCUUUGGCAAGGCAGGCUGGGGGGCAUUGUAGUUGGUUAGAGGGGGCGUGCUGGAGCCGUCUCCUACAAACACGAGCCAGGCUCCGGCCCCACAUGUGGAACAUGUGCUUUAUACCCCAAAAAGUGACAAUAAACAUUGCCAUUAAAAACAAGAGAUAGAAGGCUUAGUCCGCCAGGAUGUGCAACAUCGAAUUGACAGGAUAGGAAUAAAGAAAGUGAUGCUUGUUUGUCAGAUGUUUUUUCAUGGCAGUAAUGAUGAGUGAAAUGAAUUAUAAGUUCAUAUAUGGCAGGCUUUUAAGCUAAGUGUCUGUUUAUUAAGCUUUUAAGCUAAGUGUCUGUUUAUUAAUUCAAAACCCGAAGUAUAUAUUUGUACAUGUUCAUUCACAGGACCUGUUACAUGUUUCUUUAUCGGUUGCUGUUGUAUGUGUUUCUCUGCUCGUCUGUCUCCAGUUCUUCUGCAUUUGUGAACUCGCAGGCCUACACUUAACAAUCCUGUUGUGUAUCGUUUCCUAUUGUGAGGCUUAUGGAGAACAUAUUUAGCAAAGCAAAACUUUUGACACAUUUGAUGUCUGUUUUAAAUACAUUUUGUUACAAAUGAAGGAUUUAACUAGGUUAUCAGACUUCUGUCCCUGUAGCCAUUUUAUGAGUGGAUAACAUAACACACUAUGUAUUGUUUAGUUUUUUUUUCAGUUAUAUGAUAUGAACUGUAUGUUAACUGAUAUGCCUUUUUUUCUCUCUCUCUCGAUUUGAUGAUUUUAUCAGCCAGUGAGAGCUUUGAUUAGAACGUGAUUAUUUUUUGUGAUUUGUCUUGUGACAAAUAGAACAAGAAAGCAAUUACAUUAUGUGGAACAAAACAUUGUAUGGAAAUGAUGUCAGAUUAUAAUGGAGACAAAGGAAAGGGACAAAAUAUGUGCAAAGCUCCAACUUCCUGGUGAAAGAUAACAUGAAUGAAAAAGGUGUUUUAUUUUCAAGGAGGGUGUGUUACAUUUUUGUUAGAUGUUUUUUGCACUCUUAAGAAGGACAUUUUCUUCAGUUUCUCAUAUGACUCACUACAAGAUGAAUCCCCCCAUUAUUUUGGAACAAUCUGAAUGGUGCUACUGGAUACACAAAACAAAAUGAUUGGUAAUUCAGAUAGAUUUCUCAUGUACAUGUAUUUAAUCAAAUGUAUAACAAAAAUAACAGCUUUCUUGUUUAGUAGCAUUGCUCCAAAUUAAGGAAAAUUGAAGCACUACCUUCGAGUAGCAUUAUAGCACAAGCAUUAUUAGACUGGUUACAUUGUUCUUGUAUUUGUUUGUUAGUUUACGUGUUUUUUUUAACCCUUUUUAUUUUUUAAAUUUUUCAUUUACUCGUUUUUUUUUUUAAAUUAGGGAACAGUGAUGUAUAGAAGAUGGUUGCCUGGCAGACUCUUUGUCCUGGUAACCUUUUUUUUACUAGGCAAGUCAGUUAAGAACAAAUUCUUAUUUUCAAUGACGGCCUAGGAACAGUGGGUUAACUGCCUGUUCAGGGGCAGAACGACAGAUUUGUACCUUGUCAGCUCGGGGAUUUGAACUUGCAACCAACGUUCUAACCACUAGGCUACCCUGCCGA